AUGGUUGAAUAUAUAUAUAUGGUACAAGAACUAGUUAGAGGCUAUGCAAUAAGGAGAAUAUGCCCUAGAUGUUUGUUGAAAAUUGAUCUAAAAAAGGCUUAUGAUUCAGCUGCUUGGCCUUUCCUCAAGGAGAUGCUUAUUCACUUAAGAUUCCCAGCUGAGAUGAUUUCAUGGAUUAUGGAAUGUGUCACUACUACCUCCUAUUCCAUUUCCCUUAAUGGUAGAUUUUUUGACUUUUUUAAAGGCAGUAAAGUUUUGAGACGGGGUGACCCCCUCUCCCCAUUGCUCUUUGUGAUAUAUGUUGAAUAUCUUUCAAGACUGCUGAAAUCUGUGGAGAGUAAGUCUAAUUUUAAAUUCCAUCCCAAGUGUGAAGCUCUUAGGCUUUCUCAUUUGGUGUUUGCAGAUGACUUAAUGAUGUUCUCAAGGGGUGACUUACCUUCUGUGAGGUACCUAAUGAACUACUUGAACGAAUUUUUGAAUUGCUCUGGCUUGGCAGUAAAUCUGCUGAAAUUAGAGUUGUAUCAUGCUGGUAAUUGGCAAGAAGAGCUGGGAAAUAUAUCUAAUUUAUCUGGUAUGAAGCUGGGUGCGUUUCCUUUCAAGUAUUUGAGUAUCCCCCUUCUUUCUUCUAGAUUGAAUGCUGCUCAUUACUCUCCACUUAUUAACAGAAUUGCUGGAAUGUUCAAGGGGUGGCCGUGCCAUACCCUCUCCUAUGCUGGGAAGUUGGAAAUCAUUAACUCCAUAAUCCAAGGGGUGGAAUGCUUCUGGCUGGCCAUCUUCCCCUUCCCCCUUAAUGUUUUGAACCAGAUUGUUAAAUUAUACAGAGUCUUUUUGUGGGGAGGUAGGAGGAAACCUUUGGUGGCUUGGAGAGAGAUAUGUCUCUCUAAAACUGAGGGGGGCCUGGGUGUGUUUGAUCUCAAUAUAUGGAAUAUUGCUUUGUUGUCUAAAGCACUUUGGAAUAUCCACUCCAAGAAGGACUCAGUCUGGACAAAGUGGAUAUAUUAUAUGUAUUUAACUGAUUCAAGCAUUUGGAACAUCUCUGCAGCGAAGAAUAACUCCCCUUUAUUCAAGAAACUGUUAACUAUUAGAGAUCAGCUGGUGGUGAACUGUGGUGGUAUUGAUGCUGCUGUUGAUAUGCUGAGUAAGUGGGAGAACAGAGGCAAACUUAGCUAUGAAUUCUGGAGAGCUAAAGGGCAUAAAGUGCCCUAG